GCGUGGCCAGCCGCCACCUCCCUCCCCGCGCAGUGCUCUUCCGGGAUCGAGUCGCGGUGAGUGGGGCGCGAACUUUCUGGAGCAGCAGCGGCAGCGACCAUGGCACCACCUUGGGUACCCCCCGUGGGCUUCACCCUGGUGCCCAGCCUCGGGGGCUUCGUGGGCUCCUACUUCGUGCGAGGGGAGGGUCUCCGCUGGUACGCUGGCCUGCAGAAGCCCGCGUGGCAACCGCCGCGCUGGGCACUGGCCCCCGUCUGGGGCACGCUCUACUCGGCCAUGGGAUACGGCUCCUACAUGGUCUGGAAAGAAUUGGGGGGCUUCACAGAGGAGGCUGUGGUUCCCCUGGGUCUCUACGCUGGGCAGCUGGCCCUCAACUGGACAUGGCCCCCCAUCUUCUUUGGUGCCCGAGAAAUGGGAUGGGCCUUGGUGGACCUCCUGCUCAUCAGCGGGGCGGCGACAGCCACGACCGUGGCCUGGCACCGGGCGAGCCCCCAGGCCGCGAGACUGCUGUACCCCUACCUGGCCUGGCUGGCCUUCGCCACCGCGCUCAACUACGUGAUAUGGCGCGACAACCGGGGCUGGCCCGGGGCCGGGCGGCGGCUCCCAGAGUGAGGCUGCCGGCCUGCCGAGCCCCGCCGCCACUGCCAGCCAGGCGAUCCCGGCGUGG